AUGCCAGCGAAAUUAGCGACGACGGAGAACCUUCGUCGGGCCAUGGUUGAACAAAAACAGCUGCGCGAUAUUUCCGAAAUGAAAGCGAAGUUUGAUCAUCUAACCACUAAUGCGUGUGUCAUUGACCAACCGACAUUGGAUUCUUUGGGUGUUGUCCUUGGGCAACCGCUCGAUAUUGACGACAGCGGAAGUUUUUGGGGUUCCGACACGCGCUUCUUUCAACCGUGGGUGCCAGAUGAGCUCCUUGACGAAGCUGCUUCGAACCGGGCACCCUGGUCGUGGAAGGACAAGAUCAGAGAAACAUGGUAUAAACAGCCAGAAAGCAAGUACGGAGAGCUCAAGGCUCAGUGGUUCAAUGGUUGUCUCGAAGACCUGUACGAAAUGGAUAAAGAGUUAUGGGAACCCUGGGUAGUGGACUCAUACACCAUCAGGGAGCACAGUGGACUCGACCUGCCCCUAUGUCGGUUCAGAAUCUUCGACCCGGCGACCGAUGAUUUUGUAGAGCGCGAGUAUUCACCCGAGGCGGUCUACUUCCCCGUCGACAGGACCAAACCCCACGUAGCUUGCUUCGCCAUCGAUUCGAACCACCCCCCGGGGGAUAAGGUCCUCCGCAGUGACCUCCACUACGCCAUCCAGCUGGUCAGAUUUCGGCUCGAAAAAGGCCAACACACCGGGCACCACACCAAACCGGGCCUCAUCUACACCAUAGAGCGCGACCAAUGGGCACGCAUCACCCAAGUGCACUUCGACACCAACGCGCACAAGCUGGUGCUCCGGCAGUCGCGCCAGCUGGACUUGUGCGGGCCGACACCCCCGCCCGAUGCUUUCUUGUUGUUGCGCUGGAUGACCAGCCGGCCCGCCGGCGACACCGAGUAUGUCGACGAAGAGGAGCCGCCCAAGGAGGAGGUUGCGCGGGAUGAGCCAUCGAGCGCGGCGCCGAAGUUGUUGUUGGGUUGUGCUUGA